CAAAAAGUUUGAUGUGUGGUUUUGUCUUGUUCCCUUGGAGACAUCCCACUCAGUAUCCGAAAAUCAACCUGAUGGUCCAUUGGCUUGACCAAUCAAAGACUCUGGGUGUCGUUCUUCAUUGUUGGCUGGCCUGAACUAUGCUAAUAUUGGUUGGCUCGCAUUGGACCCUUGUCGCCCCGCAAGCGCACCAUGAAGGAACAUCCGGAUUAUUAUCUCCAGACGCCAGAAUUCCUUCUUCUCCACACGUUCGCCUGCCGCUGCUGAUGGGUGUGUUUGUCGACAUUACACGGCUAGGUUAAGGUUGCUUCACCCUCUACGGGGUCGACCGCGGGUGGCUUGCGCCGUUAUCGCUCCGACGGAGAGGCUGCCCCAGUGGGGUCGCGGCCUACGCAGACGGCCUGAAACAGAGACACGAUGGCUCGAAAGGGUAGUCGGAAGACUAGAACUGGCUGCAUAACGUGCAAGAUACGCAAAGUAAAGUGCGACGAGACCAAGCCCACAUGCAAUCGCUGCGCAGCUACCGGCCGUCAAUGUGAUGGCUACAGUCCAGCGCCUUCGUUGGCAAACAAAUCCGAGCUCCGCCGCUACCGACCACACCAUGUUUUUCCGGGGGCAGACGGCAUCGGGGAGGGCAGGGCCUUGCAGUUUUUCUGUCAGGUAGCCGGCCCUUACAUGUCGGGUGCCGUGGAUCCCCAUUUUUGGCCUAAGCUCGUGAUGCAGUUCACCAGCUUCGAGCCUGCGGCACGUCACUCUGUCAUAGCCAUCAGUACCCUCUGCGAACGUCUGCAGUUCCAGGAGGACAUGGCUGAAGAGAUCCUCUUAAAGGACGAAGUCUACGCCUUGCAACACUACAACACAGCUAUCCACGACCUCAGGUCCAUGACUUCUCCUGAGCGAAGUCCCGUCAUACUGCUUGUUUGUGUACUGUUCAUCACCGUCGAAUUCCUACAAGUCAACCGCGAUGAGACCAUCAAGCACUUGAAACACGGGUUUCAACUUCUGAAGAAUACAAUCAGGGACUAUGCCUGGACUAAAGAACACUUACUGCCCCUGUUUCGACGACUGAGCAUCUAUGCGUUCCUGCACGCGGUAGACCCUAAGGACUUUCCCAAUCUAGAAGGGCUCGAGCAUCCAGUUCCUACUACCUUUUCAACAUUCUACGACGCCCAAAGGAUGCUCGACGACAUCUUCAGCCGUACCUUGCGGCUGGUGCGGAAAGGUGACCCUUAUAGAAUAUACCCAGAAGAACACCAACUCGUACCGCCUGAUCUACUAGUCGAGCAAGAUAGCCUUGCAUCGUCACUAGAUCAGUGGAAGAUCCUAUUUGACGAGUUUGAAGCCCGGCCUGCAUCGCCACCGAGUGACCCUAUACCCGGGCAAGACACUUUGACGACGGCGUUGAGAUACGUCAUUCUAUCGCGCUACGAAUGCUGCAGGAUAUGGCUGAACACGGCAUUUGGCGACAAAGAGUAUGACUAUGACGAUCACUUGUCUGUAUUCAAAGCGAUGUCUACAGAAGCAGGGAUUGUAGACCCGGAGGUUCUUGCGACCUUCGAAGGUUCACCGUAUUUCACAUUCGACACCGGCUAUCUACCCUCAAUCUCACUGAUUGCAACGAGAUGUGCGCACCUGGAGACAACGUUAAAGAAUCUGAAGCUGAAGCCGCUUCCAGGUCUUCCAAGAGAAAACAUGUGCCUGCUUGCCCAGGCUGGAGAUUGCCUCUGCGAAGCGUUACCAGUAUCUUCGCGGAACCGCCCGAGUGCAAAUUUGGAUCGACUGGAAAUUGCGGACUAAAGUAAUAGAAGUUCUGUACUCUGAGUACUUAGAUAUCCCUAUGCAUGUGUGUAUACGGAUGAACGUUUCAUAGAAGAAGCAGACUGUUCGCUUUGUGUUUUGGCCCAUUUACUGCACCGGCGGGU